AUGAAUAUCAUAGAAUGGGCCUUUGGCAAACGCAUGACCCCCGCCGAGAGGCUACGUAAACACCAACGCGCUCUGGAGAAGACCCAACGCGAACUCGACCGUGAGCGCGUGAAGCUUGAGAAUCAAGAGAAGAAGCUUGUGGCCGACAUCAAGAAGAGUGCAAAGAAUGGACAGAUUGGAGCCUGCAAGAUUCAAGCGAAGGACCUGGUCAGGACCAGGAGGUAUAUUCAAAAGUUCUAUCAGAUGCGGACACAAUUGCAGGCUAUUAGCUUGAGAAUACAGACCGUCCGGAGCAAUGAACAAAUGAUGCAGUCCAUGAAAGGAGCAACCAUGCUACUAGGGAGCAUGAAUCGCCAAAUGAACCUGCCUGCUUUACAGCGAAUCGCUAUGGAGUUUGAACGCGAGAAUGAUAUCAUGGAUCAGCGCCAGGAGAUGAUGGACGAUGCCAUUGACGAUGUUACCGGACUAGAAGACGAAGAGGAAGGAGAAGAAGUCGUGAACCAGGUGCUGGAUGAAAUUGGUGUCGAUCUGAACAAUGCGGUAAGAGCGAUUCCAUACUUCGAAAUGCUCGACGCUAAUCCUAUCGUGCAGCUUGGUGAAACACCAACCGGCAUACAGAAAGCGGCAGUACCGGAAAGCCGCGUUGCUCAGGCAAUAGGUGGAGGAGGUGAGGAUGAUGACUUGCAAGCUCGUUUGGAUAGUCUGCGAAAGUAG